CCUUUGAGGGGGAUUUGAAAGUAAAGAUCUGAAAGACUCAGACACAUUGCUAAAGUGUUUUGUAGCCUUAUAUAAAUCAGCCUUAUAUAAAUCAGCCAGACAGCAGUGUGUUACACAAAGGAGAAGCAUGGACAAAGAGGCAAAGUUUAUGAUAACUUGUCUGAUUUUUGCAGCCAUCUGUAACUCCGUGUCCAGUGAUGAAUGGAAGGCCACUGUUGUAAAAAGCAUUGACGCUCUGGUUGGAUCCUGUGUUGUGGUACCAUGUUCAUUCUCCCAUACUGGAGGAAACCUGCCCUCCUCCAGACUCAGAGCAAUGUGGCACUAUAAAGGCAAAACACCAGAUACUAAAGGAAACAACAUCUUUCAUAGUGAUGCUACACUGAUUAAGGACAGCUUUAAGGGCCGAACAAGGGUUGUGGGAGAUCUGGGCCAGAACAACUGCACCUUAGAAAUAACUCAAAUUAGAAAUCAUGACAAUGGCCCUUUCUGUUUCCGGGUUGAACUAGUGCGAACAGAAAACAAUGACCCCACCAAGGACAUGUUCUCCUUUGUUGAAGACUGCGUCGAGUUGAACAUGCUCACUAAGCCUGCAGAGCCUACAUUGACUCAGCCAAUGGCAGCCACUCAAGGAGAGCCCUACACUGCCAUCUGUUCAGUCAUGCACACCUGUCCAACCCAUGUACCUACACUUACAUGGAACUGGAAGACAGAAAGGGUCAUUGUGUACCAUAGACUAAUUCAUUCUGGCAACUGGGAGACACAGUCCAUCCUGACAUUUAUUCCUGAGGAGAAGGAUGACAACAGAGAGCUGACAUGCACAGCUGGAUUUAAUGGAGGGCAAACAUCCUCCUCAAAAUUCACACUGAAUGUAAAACGUAUUGAGAGCUAUAAUCACAUCAUCAUUCCUGCUGUAGUGGGGAUUGGUACAGCUCUGCUCUUUGGCAUCUUCUGCAUUUUCAUGGCAAAAAAAUACAAGAACCGCAUUGCAGAGCUUCAAAAUCAAGAAGGAACCAUGUGGAACAGGCUUUCCAGGUUAUCUCGUAGGGGAAGACGCUGAAGACAAUGAAAUGAAAUCAAGAAGGGGACCAAAUUCAAAUGGUUACAUUCUGCUUUAUAUUUGCAUAUCAGCUUCAGUAAAAAUAUGUUAGAAAAGUGUUAAAAAAACCCACAAAAAUGUAAUAUAAAAAAGCUUUUUCUUCAACAGAUAGCUUCUACCCUUUUUUAUUAACUAGUAUGAUCCUUUCUCUUUGUAUUCAUGCUUGAAAGGAUGCACUAUCAUAUGAUAGAUGAUUUAUGCCAGAAAUGUUAACUGAGCAUGUAGCAAUGUAAGCCCACCACUUCCUGUUUUCUAAACAGAUGUAUCAAUACUGUAAGCCUAUUUUUCAAGAAUAAAUCUUCAAUUGUCUUGAGACUGAAUUCAUUGUUUGAACCAUAAAGACCUUCAGUAUUCAG